AUCUGCACUGUGGACCUGCGGAAAGUUUAUUCGCCUUCCAGGAAGUACCGAUUGAAAUCACAGUUGGAUAGAAAAUCGAUCCCUGUGAUUACUAAUUGACGUGAAUUUCAUUUAAAUUUAAAUCAGGUACAUACUCGGGCCGUUCGUGGAUGAAUAUUCACAUAAUUGCAGCAUGUGUAGCCGAAUGGUUGCGGCACUUGACUUUUAUUGCAAGGACAAUCGCUCGAGUCCAGGUGCUGUGCCAAGCUAAAGUAAACAAUAACAUCGUCUGCGAAGUUGUUUAGCCUUUUGCGACAAAACAAGCCUGGUCACACAGCGCAAGCACGGACUUAGAGGAAGGAGCUUUCGAUCAACUUAGACUCACUUAAAAAUACUUGAAACACAAAUAAGACUGCUUGAACUUUUCGGUUUGCAAUGAAACACACAUUGAUCUGUUGAUUUAUCAUUUUGAAAAUAUUGUCUGCUUCCCAAGUGAAGGAAAUACUUAUUAGAGCCUGGUCUACUACACAUCAAAGCCUGGUCUACUACACAUCAAAGCCUGGUCUACUACACAUUAUAGCCUGGUCUACUACACAUCAAACAUACCAUGGGGGUGUGCGAGGGCUGCGGUCAGCUGAUACUGGUGUUGAUAAAUGUCCUCUUUUCGGUCAUAGGACUGGCUUUGUUGGUGGUGGCGUGUCUUGUGAAAUUCGGAUCGGACGUCUUCGACAAACAGUUAAAUGAUGGUUAUGCCGAGUUCAAACAGCUGAUCAAGGACACAUUUCAAGGUCAAGAUUCUGCAAUUGAUGAGCUUGACCUUGGUGCCCUUAUUGGGGAUGCCGCUAUUGCCUUCAUUGUGAUUGGCGCCUUCUUCUUUUUACUGGGAAUCUUUGGUUGUAUCGGCGCCAUUUGCAAAGUGAAAUGCCUUCUCGUUGUGUACAUGUCAAUUUUGCUGACAAUCUUUGCCGCAGAACUGGUCUUCGUGAUAAUGCUAUUCGCAGCAAAAGACAAAAUAGACGGUUGGCUCAAAACUCCUCUGAAAGACCAACUCACAGAUAAAUACACGGGCACCAACGGCACAGAUGCCUUUACACUGACUAUCAAUUUUGUAAUGAGAGAGUUUGAAUGCUGCGGUAUUGACAAGCCAGAUGAUUUCAAUGACACUAAGAAAUGGAAUCGUCCAAUUAAAGACAUGGUGGUACCGUACAUUUGCUGUCAUCUGCCUAACGACACGGAAUGUGUAACCCAUCCUACAUUGAACAACUCCUACACUGAGGGUUGCUACGGUGCAAUAAACAACUGGUUAACGGAUAAAAGCCACAUUUUGAUCGGUGUCGGUAGCGGUGUGGCGGCUGUACAGCUGAUCCUCAUCAUAUCCUCCUUGGUGAUUUGCUGUCAGAGACGGAAAGAGAACGACGACGAGUAUGAAGACUAUAAGGAGGACGCGCCAAUUUCUCCAUACAGAGAGUCCGCGGAGGCCGCCCAUCACAACCGUGCCUACGCCUCCAGUCAGCAGCAGAUGUACAUGGAGCCCCCUCGGGAUCCGGGUUAUAACCGGAACUACCCGGAGCCAUACAAAGGCCGGACCGACUAUUACACCGCACCGCCCGAAGGGUACGGUCGCCAGCAAAAUGACUACCGUUGAGUCGUUUGAAUGAGCGAAUGGUAGACUUGCUUUUGUAAAUACAAAAUAAUUGUUUAGUGCCAGAUUAAGAAAAUCGUUGGAUCCUAAUUGUAUUAACAUUUGAUUGUCUUCGAUGAAAAAUCGUGCGGGAUUGGGACGGGAAUGGAUUCCAACGAUGUUCCAAAUGAAUAAAUGAUACGUUAUUGUUCAUAUAUGUGGCUGUGGGUCGCAUUGUAUGUAUUUACGUGAGCUUUUGGACCAACAAAACAGUUUUCGUAUACAUAUAUAAAGUAUGUUAGUGUCAAUUCAUUUGCACAAGUCAACAUGUUUUUUUAGUUAAUGUACCGACUGCAGGCGAAAUUACUUUAUGUUACCGUUUUUAAAGGUCGAAACACAAAUUUGGAAUAUUAAAUAUGCUAGUGCAAAGUCCAGCGUAAUAAUUAGCAUAUGCCCGGUGUAAUUAUCCUAAUAUGUUCUUAUUAUAUUUAUUCAACGCGACUAGUCUUUUUCAUACACUUUUCCUUGUAAAUAAUUAAAACGUUAUACUUGUGAGUACAAUAUGAUUAUGAUCGUGUAAAUUUUGCUUAGAAUCAAGUACAUUGUCUUUUUCAAAAGUGCGAUAAACGAUUUAAUAGUAAAUAAUUUGACGUUUCAUGGAGUUCUUAACAACACUAUGUAUUGCCAUAGAAUAUAUACUGGUGUGCAAAUUGAGUCCUGAUUCAGGCGUUGCUCUAAAUGCAGUAGAUCCCGAAAUAUAAAUAUUCUAUUUCUUCACUCUUUAAAAAAGACAACGUUUUUUUCUUGAUUUUAACUCUAUCAGGGUGAAGAAUCAAUGGGGUUUUCAGGGAUUAACAUACGGGCUAGACAGAAUCUAAACACACCGUUAAACUUCAUUUUUGCAAAAUUUAAUAUCUUAAGUUAUUGAAAUACAUAUGCAAAACUCUUAAGUGCAUAAAAGACAGCUUACCUUGCAGUUUGUGUCGAUAUCUUAAGACUAAAGGAAUAAAUCCUUGAAUACGUCUGAAAUACGUUGUGUGAAGCAUGAUCGUGCAGUAUACAUGGAAUUUUUUAACAAGAACACAUGCUUAUUAAAUAAAGUAAUUCUGAUGUAUUUCACAUUGCCAUUAGCAGCAUAAAAAUCUGUUUUAUGCGCUAGCUAGUUGUAAUGCGUAAGAAAACUUGUUUUAAAAAGGUAUUUGGAAAAAAGCAGCACUUACCACCGUUUUUUUCAUCAAUUAACGUUUAUUUGGAAACCCAUCAAAGUCACGCGAUCAUGCACUGUGUCUAUUAGAAAGUUUUAAAAAUGGUUGUGUAAGUACACGCAGUCUACAAACGACGGUUGUGAUCUUGUACAAUAUGGUUUCCAUAAUGAGAGUGCUUGUUUUUCUGUAAUGACUUCAUUGAUAUAUGGUGGCCUGUACAUACACAUUUAGUGUAGUAUUUAUUGCAGGUAAUUGUUGUAUUAUUGCAUGAUAAACUCAUUUUGCCCAGAAGUUUUGAAGAGUAUUUCUUUUAAACAAAUAUGCUGAUGCACGCUCAUCCUGCUUGUAGAGAAGCAAAUAUCAUAGACAACAAGUUCGUUUGCCAUAAUAAAAUUACAUGUCCGCCUUUAAAGGGGCCUUUUUACGAUUGGGUAAAUUGCAAAAAAAGUUGUUUCAGAUUCGCAAAUUUUCGUUUUAGUUAUGAUAUUUGUGAGGAAACAGUAAUGUACGCAUGUUAUUUUGAUGUGCAAAUCUUUCGAUUGGGUUUAAUUUUAUGACUAUUUUUGCCCUGAUACUGUAUUUUACAAAAUUCUCUUGAAUUCUCUACUGCAUGUAUAUUUUGUAUAUGUUUUACGUCAUAAUCUAAUGUACCAACACGUGAUUGUUUACACCCAUAAUGGUGUUUGUGAAACACUUCACUUAAUUGUUUAAAGUCAUAACCAUUAAUCAGUUAACUUUGUUUCAGAAUCUUUAUAUGAUACAACAAUAGUCAAACUAUGCCAUGGCGUUGUUCAUGAGUUUAAUUUAUGCUGUUAAAUAAACGUGUAUAUAGACAAAA